AUGGCUCCAAUGCAUCCGGUGGCGAACAGCCAGCAUGCGAGAGUCUCUUCUGAUAUGGGAUCAUGGAGGCGUCCCGAGUCCAACAAGUCCAAGCCUUCGGAGAGCACUGGAGACGAGAAAGUCACAGCGCUGGAGGGUCAGGUGGCCGAGCUCAUGGUGCAGCUCGGUGAGUGUCAUGCGGCGCUGUUCGACAUUGAAGGUUUCUACGCCGACCGCCUGACCGAGUCCAGCACCGACCGGACUCUACGGCCAGAUUUCCCGCAGGAUCUGAGCGCCGAUCUCGAGCCCUCCGACCUCCGAGCGGUGUACACUCGUCAAGCUUCCCAAGAGCGACGCCGUGUCAACCAAGUGUGGAAAGCUCAACAGAAGACGAUCCGGACCCAAGAGCUCGCCAUCAAGUUCCUGCAGGCGCAGGCUACGCAGCUGAGGGCUCAUCAAGAUCCUGAGGGCGCGACCACAAGGGCUUCUCGCCUCCAAACCGAGAACGACCUCCUCCGCAAGACACUCUCCGAGCGUACGGCAACGGCUUUCGACAUUCAGCGCCUCAGCUACUGUCUCGGCAGCGAGAUGAUGGCGGCACACAACGCUGGCGCGGGUGACACCGAAUCCGGACGGAUGUCGCUGGAACACUACGCGUGGAAGCGCUUGCAGGAGAUGGGUGUCACACAGUUUGCGCCAAGCCUGGGAUUAGGCCUCGAUCUGCCGAGUCAUCCGCCUGGCUUCGGCGCGGUCGGUGACUGGCUGGAGCAGACAUCUGUUUCGAACUAG